UUUACUUAAAACUUCAGCUGUUUCAUCCAAAACAGUUAUGAGGCUCUGGAUCAGUAAGUAGUGGAAAGUAGCCCUAACGUCUAAAGUGCCCUGGUCAAUUGGAGAUAUGUCAAAAGUCAAAAUUUUCUUUGUUACACACUCUACGCCUAAGUAUCUGACAAGUUUCGGUGGGUGGAAAAAGUGUGGGGCGCUUGGAGUUUUGCAAUCGCCCGAACGCUUCUAGUCCUACACGCUCUUCGUGUAGGCUCGACGACAAGGUUAUUGUGCUGAGGUGGGUGGGGUGCCUCGUGGAGGGCAGGAAUCGACCAUUUGUUGGACUAUCUCUUCUAUUACACUGAUCGGAACCAAAUCCUUAGGUUUAAAUCUGUGGGUGAAGUUUGCUACAUGUCGGGAAAUACAGGUUGUUGUGGGAUGCCGAGAAAACUUUUAGUUGGCGGAAUGCAUCGCAAAACAUCCUCUGGUCUAAACAGCAUUAAAAAGGUGGCGCCACCAGUUGUACCAGCUCUAACUAUCCGGAAUUCUAGCAAUAGUUUCCAUAGUGAUUAUGGAACAAUGGAUCGGAAGUCUUGUGGUAGCCUUGGUGAUGGUGAUAUAGGGAUACAGCCUUCACUUCACUCACCGCUUAAAGAACUUUCCUACCCCACAUCCCCAAGCCGCCGCAGUCACCAUUUCAAGUUUACUACCUGUCAAAACAUCCACACCCAAGCUGUUGUACAUCCCCAGCCUUGUAGUCUAUCGAGUUCACCUACGUCACGAGCAUGGCAAGCAUCUACAAAAAAUAUCAAACCAACUGUGUUUGUAGAUGACCAGGAAAUAAAAGUUUGUCAAAAAUCAGGUAAAGAAAGUCCAGGCGGAAGUAGCAGAAAAUCACGACAUAGUACGUCUAGCGUGGACAGCGGUCGAGCCUCUGCUACUGAUGGCAAUAGUAGCCAAAGGUUAUCGGUUCAGAGUUUCGAGUCCAGCAGCUCUUCCAAGCGGCGAAGCUACCACAGUUCUAGCUCAAGUUUAGGGAGCGAUGAGCGGCCCGAGGAAAGCGGCGCAUGCGCACCACAAGUAAACGUCGCUGAGAUGUUUUUACACGGACUUCCUGACAAAGAGAUCAUGAAAACUUGGCUGUCAAGCUUACACUUAAGCCAAUACUUUGAACUGUUUGUGCAAGCAGGUUAUGAUAUGGCGACAGUGUCACGUAUGACGCCUGAAGAUCUGACUGCUGUAGGAGUCAAACAGCCUAACCACCGCUUGAAGCUCAAGGCAGAAAUCGACAGAUUGAACAUAUUUGAUUUGAUUCCUUGUCACAAACCAGAUAAUUUGUUGGAAUGGCUUCAGCUUCUGAGACUAGAGGAGUAUUACGAACCACUAAGUCAACAAGGUUACAACACCGUGAGUCAAGUCGCUGAGCUUAUCUGGGAGGAUCUGGAAGAGAUUGGAAUUAAAAAGCUAGGUCAUCAAAAGAAAAUCAUGCUGGCUAUUAGAAAAGUUAGAGAUUUCAAUAAUGGUUUACGGCAUCACGGUAAUCAUGCGAUGCCUGUUACCACUUCUUCACAGCUUUCAUUCGUAGGCUGUCACUCUUUGUCAGAUCAGCAGUACCCAAGUCAGCAUGUUACGAUAACUUCAAUUCAGAAUCAACCAUCUCCUACCAAGGAGGCUCCAGUUUUUCGGGAAUUCAAAACAUUUCAACAGUCUCCAACUUCGACAAUCAGCCCAGAGUUUAGAAUGUUCGAUCAAACAACUUUUGAACAGCAAGACAUUUUCUUCAGCGGUGAAUCGUCUUUGUUCUCGAUGUAUAGUGAUGCCUUUCACCGUUCAGAUGUUCAAACAAGUGAGCAUUCAAUAGGUAAUAGAGGGCUUUCAAUGGAGAGUCUAGACCUUCUUUCAACCCACUUCCAUCAUGAUGUUUGUUUCCCCACCGAAAAUGGUUCAGACGGUAGUUCAAAGCCUUGGAGAACUGACCUCCUUAGUCCAGCUGAUGGUACGAUGAGCUUGCACAGACCGAGAAAUGUGGUGAAGACUAGACCAGUGGCCAAAAUACCAGCGAAGACGAGACACCACUCUGUGGGUAAUAGAGAAAAACUUGGAGCUUCAGGAAAUGAAGGAAGGAUGAAGAAUGAGAAGAGAGAAACUGACCAGCAAACAAAUACUAAUAGACUUUCACCAUGGAGGUCGGUCAGAACCUCGCAGAUAUAUGGUACGCUUAAAGGAAAGAGAAUUCCUCCCCCACUUCCUAGAAAACCACAGUUGUUGAAAGUGGAUUCUAAAAGUGAAGAAAGUCUUAGUUUGUUACAAGACAAGAGCUUUACGACAUGCACGGAAAGUUCACGGUCACAUUAUAAUCGGGUGUUGAACAGAGAGAAAAUGCAUUCAUCUGUGCCCAACAAACAACAGCAGUCGCCUAUUGUUUCCACUGAAAUAUUGUCCACACACUCGGAAGUGAAACGGAUCCAAUCGGUUGGUGAUGGAGAAGUCACUUGGGCACUACUUGAUCAAAAUUUGAACACCACGUUUAAUUCUAGCACAGAAGAUGCACUUGAUAAUAAGGUUAUUAGUCAAAAGACACGUAAAGACUCUGGAGGUUCCAGUGGCUCGGCAUCUAGCACAGAAUCAAACUUCUUACCGUUUGCAAACGAUAAUGCCGGAACAAUUAAGCAGCGGACACCAAGAAUCCAACAGACUGUAGCAACGUCUUCAGAAAACCUUGUAUUUCCUUGCCAUCAGAGGUGUAUCCCAAUAACAACUGAAUCUUCAAGUUUAACCAGUAGUAACAGUUUAGAGACGCACACCAGUGAAAUGGCUGGAAUACGAAGCAACAGUAAUAAUCCAGAUCAUCCACCUGGUGACGUAAUUGAUAACAUUGAAUCCAUGCUUGCCAACUUGACCAAUCAGCUGGAUGUUAUGCUAGAGAUAGGGAUGUUGGAUGGACCGCAGGACACUUAAGGACUUCAUGAUUUUUUGUUUUUCUUGAUAUUAGCUUCAAUUGUUUACUAAACAUAUUACUUUUCUUGUAAAGGGAUCGUUUAUUUUAUUUUAUCAAUCAACGUUACUUACUAGCUAGUCUAGAUUUAAACAUUCAUUUCAACAAAACCAGUUACUCGUGCUUCACAAUCAGUGCAUACGGAUGUAUGUAUACACACAUUUAUAUGAUUGUAUGUAAGUAUAUAUAUAUAUAUAUAUAUAUGGAAAAUGUUGUGUAAAGAGUAAUCGCAACUUAUCGUCUCAUUGUAGAACUUGUUAGGUUCAGUCGGUGUUAUAUCUACAUUAAUUAUGUAAAAACUUUCUCAGUUAUUAGUAUGUAUGGAUCAGUGCCGAUAUAAUAUGUAUAGUGUGCAUUCAUCACGUUACGACUGAGGCCAGCAGGUCUCCAUGGUAGCUCAGAUCAUAAUAAUCAAUCGCACUCCCUGGUGGUGUGUAACUUUUCAUUUAUGGGUAGGUACUGUGAUACCUAUUAAAAUCUACUGAUUGUAAUUAAACUGUUUGAGUAAAGAAAAUAAAAUUAAAUGGCUAAACAGCUUAGAGUUUGUGCAUCCAAGUUUGCUUAAUAAUAAAACCUGGUGGCAGAGCACCAGCCAUGUAACCUGAAGGUCCUCAUCCAAUAAUUACUAUUCGUUCAUCUUAAAAUGCUCCUUUUGUGUUAAAAGAUUCAUCUGUAACAUCCAAAUGUAAAAUCAAGAUAUCAACAAAAUAAAUAUUCAGUUGAAGUAG